UACCGGAAGAGCAACUGGUGCGAGUUUAAUGGACAAGGAAGAGAAAUUAUUUAUUUAGGUGAAACGUCAAGUCUUCACAUCAAAACAUUUUCCUCUCGUCGAACUAUCCGACUCCGUUUUUAAGUUGUCAUCAUGCCUUUGUUUUCCCAAAACCCGUUUGACCAAGAUGUCGAGAAGGCAACCAAUGAAAACAACACAACAGAUGACUGGGGCCUGAUUAUGGACAUCUGCGACAAGAUCGGGACGACAGCCAAUGGACCAAAGGACAGCUUGAGAUCCAUCGUGAAGAGAAUCAAUCACAAAGUUCCUCAUGUUUCCAUGCAGGCCGUCAAUUUGCUGGGAGCCUGUGUGUCGAACUGUGGCAAAAUAUUCCACUUGGAAAUAUGUUCAAGGGAGUUUGCCACUGAAGUACGGACCGUGCUGGGCAGGGCUCACCCGAAGGUGUGUGAAAAGCUAAAGGCGAUGAUGGUGGAGUGGGCAGAAGGCUUCCAGAAGGAUCCACAGCUCAGCCUUAUCGGCGCCACCAUCAAGUCUCUGAAAGAUGACGGCAUCACUUUCCCCUCGUCAUCCUCACAGGGGUCGACAACAAAGGUCAGCACACCUGCUGUAAGCAAAGCAUCUAAUGAUGACGACCUGGCUAAAGCCAUCGAGUUGUCCUUGCAGGAGCAGAAGCAGCAGGUGGAGACACGCCCCCUGGCCGUAACCUCCGAGCCCCCAAGCUACGCCAAUGGUGGAGGGGGGCAGGAGGCCCGGAAGGUGCGCGCCCUGUACGACUUUGAAGCGGCUGAAGAUAAUGAGUUGACCUUCAAAGCUGGAGAAGUUAUUCUGGUUUUGGAUGACAGUGAUCCAAACUGGUGGAAAGGAGAGAACCACAGAGGAGUCGGCCUCUUCCCUUCCAACUUUGUCUCAACUAAUCUGAAUGCUGAACCGGAACCAGUGGCUUAUGUUGAAAAAACUGCCAGUGCUGAAGAGCUGAGCCAGGAAACCAAAGUUGAGCCUGAGCCUGUCUUCAUAGAUGAGGGGAAGAUGGACAGAACGCUGGCACUGCUGCAGAAUGCAGAUCCUGCGAAUCUGACUCCUGACACCCAAGAGCUGAUCCAGCUGGAGGGAGCGUGUGAACAAAUGAACCCGAUGAUUGAUGAGCAGCUGGAGGAGAUUGACAGGAAACACUCAGAGUUGUCAGAGUUGAAUGUGAAAGUUUUGGAGGCUCUGGAGCUUUACAACAAGCUCAUGAACGAGGCUCCAUUCUACUCACCCUACUCCAAGAUGCAGCCGCAGUACGCACCAACCGGCCCAGCUGUGACCAUGCAGGGCUACCUCGGACCAAACAACGCCCCCUACCUGCCUCCAGGGAUGUCCCAGGUUCCUGCCGCACAGCCUUACAACCCCCACAGCGACCAGCCCGCCCCUCUGCAUUCACUGCCCCCAAAUGUCUCGGCACCGCCCAACUGCCAAGUGGCUCAGCCUCCCUACAUGAGCGGUGGCAUGAACACUCAGUACAUGAACCAAGCCGUGGGAGCUUCUUACCCUCCUCAGGGCGGCGUGGCCAUGGACAUACCGACCUAUCACAACUCGGGCAUGCCUCCCGUGUCCUAUCCUGUGGCUGCUCCUCUUCACCAGGCUCCGCAGCAGCAGCAGCAGCAGACGACGUAUUAUCAACAGCCGCUGCUGUAAAACUCCAGUGACCGCAGACCUGAGAUUCAUACCCACCUCAGAUAUUUCAGCAGCUGGCUGUGUGUUAAUUUGGCUUACAGUGUGCGUUUGUAUGUGUGUGUUUAUGUUUGUGUGUUUGUGUGUGAUAGCUGCUUUAGGAUCAUUCCUGUCGAGCUGGAUUGAACACACCCUGGGAAGGUUGAAGUAACUGAGGUGUGUGAUGCAGGUCUGCUGUGUAACUGAGUCUGCACUCGGCUGCUGUAUAUGAUGCUAAAGAUGGCGCCAGGAGUUUCUUCUUCUACGUCUUUUUCCUGUUUGACUGACACUGGUUUUCACAAACAUCACAGGUCGACACAGGAGAAGAGUUGGUUUUGCUCAUCAAUGCAGUCAGCGAGACCUUAUCUCGCUUUAUGGAAACAAGCUUUUCACAAUCCCCAGUUAAACACAAAACAAAGCUACUCCCACACGAUACUAUUACUGAGUCCUCUCUCCUCGGAGUCCAGGCAGCAUGUCAUCUUCCUCAGUGGUAACAGAGGGUCCGGCCAUGUCCAAACUAUUGCAGUUAAAUGUAAACAUGUGCCAUUGUUUCUCACUGGCCGCUGUGAAGGGAAAGCAACGCAUUAGCUACAGCUUCUCUGUAUAUUUGGAUGUUUUCAGCCAGAGUGCUGCUGUGCACUCUAGUUAUUUUUGCAGCCCUUACAGCCUCAAAUAAGAUCAGGAGGGAAUAAAUAUACAAGAGAUCAAAUAUAUCCCUCAGGUUGCAGCUCAGAAAGUGACCCUUAGACGUGGCUGGUUCAGAUUUAUUGAUCAAAACUGAUGCAUGUCUGUUCUGUCACAUGUCUUCUGUCUUAUUAGACAGGUGAUGGGACCAAUGCGGCUGAAUGUCCCAUAAAGACGGUGUGCAGGCAGAGAAAAACACAACUUUGCAAAGUCAAUACAACUGGAGACACCACACACUGAAUAUCCAUCAUUCCUCACCCACAUCAUAUGCUAGCGAACGCCAUUGGACACCUGGCGUUUUCAUACAUGUGAACACGGCCCUAAAUGUUUCGCUUCUCUUUAAGUUUUAAAUCGCCAUCUUUUUUUUAAACGCAUCGGGGACUUCAUCCUCGGGCAGGUACAGUUCAUCCUGACACUGAGGGAUGGAAACACUCUGGGGUUGUGAUGCGAGAGCUCGUCUUUCUGCCAAGUCAGCAUAUAACGGUAUCUGUGGGACGAGUCGCUCGCAGGUUGCAGUUAUUAAAAAGCCUGGUGCUUCAUUUCUCCUCCUCCUCCUCACCAGCACAGAUCUGUUAUGUUAACAGUUAUAUUUGUCCAAAUGGUUCAAACGUUGCUUUUCCAUCAACUCACUGCCUUGUAAUGUGUUGGAGACAUUUUUGUGUGUGUGUGUACAUUUAUGUCUUUUGCAUGUUUGUAUGUGUCGGGGCGUUCUCUUGUGGAAUGACACAGGUUUUUUUGCAAGGUCAGAUUAUAGGUUGAACUAAGAACCAGGUAGUUGAUCGAUUUGUGUGUUUAUUAAUCUGAUAAAAUGUUGCAUCUGUUCAUGAUUGUUAUGUCCCUUUAGCAGAAGCUGUCGACUUGCGUUUCUAAACGGUCAAUGACAUUGCCCCUACAUUGAUUUAUAUAGAUAUAUAUAUUGAGGCAUUGUUCAUGUGGGAUUUACACUAUUUCAGAAUAUGUGACGAUUGCUCCUUCUUUUAAAGUCCUGGCAAAAUGUAAAUGGAACAAAAUGUUUGUUGUUAAUAUGAAGAAAAAGAAGUUAGAUGUCAUGUUUUUAACUUCUGUUGUUUCAUCAAAAAAUAGAAUCUAAUAGAAUCUACAAUUCUUUUGCAGUCGGUCCGUAGUUAUGAUUUUUUAUCCAGAACUGUCUGUUUCCAUAAUGCGCCUCGUAUUACAGGCACUGUAUAUUAGAUGUAAAAUACCUGGGUUUGACAUUGACAUUGCACCUUAGCUUUGUAAACAUUUAUAUACCACUGGAUGCCUUGUUUUUCUGUAGAGAAUCAAAGGAAUGACACAGAUAGAACUUUGGCGAGUAAUUCUAGUCUCAGAAUCCGCUGGAUAUGUAUAAUUCUGUAUAUUUAAAAUAUUCCAGGAGAAGUUUCUUUAUCCAGGAUUUAAAAAAAUUGCUUUUGUAACAGAGCAAACCUAUAAAUAUUCUUUGAAAUAAAAAAAAUGACAUGUG